AUGGCAUCAGACGAAGAGCGCGACGUUAAACGCAGCCGGCAAUGGUAUGACGAUCAAGAUCAGAAACCUAAAGAGAAGGAUCGUCGAUCAAGGCAUUCGGACCGCGACUCUGGCCGCCGAGACCGUCGGAGAUCACGCGACAGACGCGACAGGCGACGCUCAAGAACUCCCGAUGCUCCACGACGGAGAUCACGCAGCCGUGAUCGCGAUCGAGACCGUACCCGCGAACACAGACGUCACCGAUCACGAGACGACCGAGGCUCGCGACGCAGCCGCCGUGACGAAGACGAUGGAGACAACAAGCAGGUUGCAAAGCGCAGCCCGGUGAGGCGGUCGGGCCCUCUCCCGUCCCAGGAGGACUCUUUUGCCAUUACAAAUGGGGAGGAGCCCGAGAAACCCAAGGAGAAACCCAACUACGGUACUACGGGCGUCUUGGCCGCCGCGUCCAACUCGGUGGCACAGGCAGACGGCUCGUCCAUCACGCUCAAGUACCACGAGCCCGCUGAAGCCCGUAAGCCCUCGCCCCGCGACCAGUGGAGGCUCUUCGUCUUCAAGGGAGGCGACAUUGUCGACACGAUUGACCUGGGCGCGAGGAGCUGCUGGCUCGUCGGGCGGGAGAUGGCUGUUGUCGACUUGCCCGCCGAGCACCCGAGCAUCAGCAAGCAGCACGCCGUGAUCCAGUUCCGCUACACCGAGAAGAGGAACGAGUUUGGUGACAAGAUUGGCAAGGUCAAGCCGUACCUGAUUGACCUCGAGAGCGCCAACGGCACCGUUUUGAACGAUGAAAAGGUACCCGACAGCAUGUACCUGGAACUCAGGGACAAGGACAUGAUGCAGUUUGGCCACAGUACAAGAGAAUACGUCAUCAUGCUCGCACCACGGGAAUAA